AUGGUGGUAAAGCGCAGCUACAAGCCCCACUGGCCAGAUGAGCUGGCGCUGACCCGGGGCGAGUUCAUCCUGGUUCUGUGUAAAGAUGAUGAGGCCCGGUGGUUUGGGCGGCUGCAAAACGGACAACAGGGAUAUUUCCCGGCCUCGCAUGUCGUGGAGAUGAGCCACCAGGUUAGUGGCUAGUGGGAAUUGUAUUAUGCUUGCAACGUUCCAUCUCUGAGUGUGCAACAAGGCUCUAUUUCUAGUCUAUUCUAUGUAUAGUCAUCAAUCAAGACUUCGAUUAGUUAAAUCAAUUGUGUUGGUGCUUGUGUUGGAACAAAAGCCUGCAUACACACCUCGCACACCCUCUACCUGCUCGCAGAGAUAAGAUUGCCCACCCCUGCUAUUUAUAAAGAAUAACUCUGCUGACUUACAGAAAGGUAUGGCAGGUUAGAAUAGCCUAGCUGAGGUUCGUGACAGGACAGAGGGAUAGCAAUACAGAACAGUCCCAGCAGUAAUCCAACCCUGUCACUGACACACCUCUGUUUAUGUUCUCAGGACGAUGAGCCAGCUAAAGAUGUCCGCCGCUUAGCGAGACGGGGUUCAGCUCCGGCCACGUAUGCAGGUGGUACUGGGUGAGAGCAGCGCGCCCAAAACACACACACAGAUACACACUCAGAAAGACACAAACACACACUCUAUCCUCAAUCAAACUCCCCUCCACAAGUGCGUGUACACAACUCACACACACACACACACACCCCAGCAGCUGCUCCCCACACCGCCUCCACCUCCUCCGAUUCCACUCCGCCCAGCGCACCCUGAACAGGUGGCCUCUCUCAUCCCUCAUUAGUUGACAAAGCACACAGAUUACAUCCCUCCACCCCACCCUCCCUCCCUCCCUGAUCAAUUCCCUCUCACUGCACUGCUGCUCCCUCACACACAGGACCACAGUGGGGGCUCACAGUCACAGACCUGCGUUCAGGGGAGUAGAUGAGGGCUCCCUCUUUCCCUCAAAAAAUAUUGUGUUUCAUAAUGUCAAACAGUGAAACAGAACUGUCUGUAUAAUCUGACUGAAGUGCCCUCAGUGAACGUGGAAAUGUAAACAGUAGUUGGAUGUUGUUUUAGAGAUGAUCCAAGAUUAUACAUUUUAGUUGUCCCGUGUGACUUAGGCCCCUUCUUAAUGUGUGUAAAGGUGAACCUAGCUCCUUGAGCUGUGACAGCCUGCACACACACACACACACACUCAGAGCAAGCCCCCUGAACAGCCCUGCGCUUGUCUUGUCUGCGCCGAGCGCUGGAAUUUGGGUCAGCGGGAAUAAACAUGUCCUUUGUGUUUGUUGUGUUCUCUUUGUUCUCCAGCGCACUCAGGCUGCAGGCCCUCCGCAGAGCCAGCAGAGCAGCGGCAGGAGGGGGACCAGAGGGGGCCGAAGUGGAGAGAGAGGGCCCCAUCCUGAUACUGAAGUCCCAGAUCUCUCUCCCUAACAGGCAGCCCCAGCCCGUGCCCCAGCCACAGCCACAGGCACACAGCUCCCCAAGCUUCCUCCACAGGAUCCUGUCCAAGCACCGUCGGAGGAGUGAGUGUCUUGGGUCCACCAACACGGGCUACAUGGCCGACUAG